UAUGGUAACAACUUGAUAUGUGCCAGAAUUUUGAUGAUAUCUCAUGGCUAUUGCCUGCAAUAUCUUGUGAGGGUUUAUGAACUAUCCACAAUAGAGAUACCCUGGUUAUUUGGUUUUUUGAUUUUGGGGAAUGGCGCAUUUAUUUGGCAUUUGCAUAAGAUACCUUGGUUUUGUCGGAUUGUUUAUUUAUUUGCAUUUUUUUGAUAUAUGCUUGAUAGUUGAAGAGAAUGUUGUUGACUGCACGAACAGUUUUGUUCGUCGGCCGAAUCGAUAUUAUAUCCCGUACCUAUCCUCGUUGACCUUGAUGACUGCUUUGAUUGACGACCGCCGAGCAACACGAGAGCAAAUCGUUAGCCAAUGCAAAGUCUCCGGAUAUCUGUUAUAAGCUUUCCCGCGAGCCUUUCAUAUUCUUGAAGUGCAUCGCAAGGUAAUUCACAUGG